GAACAGAAGACCAUCAUGGUCAAGAAUAUCUUUAAGCCCAAGAUGGGCGCUGUUGCGUCGAAAGGCGCCGACGUUGAAAUUGCCCAGGCUGAGGCACCUCACCUAACACCUGUCCACUGGAGGUCCGAUCCCGGCCUCAGGAAGCUGUACUUUUAUGCAGUUAUCAUCUGUAUUGCCUCUGCUACAACGGGCUACGAUGGAUCGAUGUUGAACAACCUGCGAAUCCUCAAAUAUUGGACCGACUACUUCCACGAUCCCAAAGAAUCGACUCUUGGUCUACUGACCGCGCUUUACUCAAUCGGUUCAAUCGCUUCUCUCCCGAUCGCUCCCUUGAUUGCCGACCGCUAUGGACGAAGAGCUGCCAUCGUGGUCGGAUGCGUUAUCAUGAUUGUCGGUGCUGCCAUUCAGGGUGCUGCCAAAAAUCUUAGCUACUUCAUGGGUGGGCGCUUUCUAAUGGGUUUCGGAAACUCGCUUGCACAGCUUUCCUCACCCCUACUGCUUACUGAGCUGUGCCACCCCCAGCAUCGCGCUCGUGUCACUGCCGUUUACAACUGUCUGUGGAAUGUCGGUGCUAUCAUAUGUACCUGGUUGACCUUCGGUACCAAGCGCAUCGACAGCGACUGGUGCUGGCGUAUUCCUGCCCUGACUCAAGCCGCUCCCUCCAUAAUCCAGCUGUCUUUCAUCUGGUUUAUUCCUGAGUCCCCUCGUUGGUUGAUCUCGAAGGAGAGGAACGAGGAAGCUCUGGCUAUUCUCGGGAAAUAUCACGCCAACGGUGACAUCAACAAUCCGACUGUUCAAUUCGAAUAUGCCGAAAUCAAGGAAACACUACGCUUGGAAUUCCUGUACAAGAAGACGUCAUCCUACCUUGACUUCUUCAAGACAAGGGGCAACAGGUACAGGCUUAUGUUGCUCGCCUCCCUUGGUCUGUUCUCUCAGUGGUCCGGAAACGGUCUUGUAUCGUACUAUGCGACCGACGUAUAUAAGAGCAUCGGCAUUACAGACGCAGAUACCCAGCUCGGCCUCAACGGUGGCCAGACGAUCCUCUCCCUUAUCGUCUCCGUCUCUUGUGCGCUACUGAUUGACCGUGUCGGUCGUCGUCCGCUAUUUAUCGCUGCCACUGCGUCCAUGUGCGGUGUGUUCGUCGUUUGGACAAUAUGUUCUUCGCAACAGGAGGCCACAAAGAGCAAAGCUGCGGGCUCAGGCGUCAUUGCCAUGAUCUGGCUCUUCAACAUCGCUUACGCGCUUGCGUGGUCUGGUCUUCUUGUCGCUUACACCGUCGAAAUCUUGCCAUUCAAGAUUCGUGCCAAGGGUCUCAUGAUCAUGAACCUAUUCAUUCAGGUGGCCUUGACUAUCAACCAAUACGUCAACCCCUAUGGAUUCGAGUAUUUGAAGCCUACCUGGAAGUUUUACACUAUCUACGCUGUCUGGAUCUUCAUCGAGCUCAUAUUCGUUUGCGUCUUCUACGUUGAGACUCGCGGUCCUACCCUGGAAGAAGUUGCCAAGAUUUUCGAUGGCGAGGACGCUGAAGUUGCCCGUGUUGACAUUGACGAGGUCACGGCCACGGUCUCAGGCUUCGAGAAGAACGAAGGAAUGCAUGUCGAACAUGCCAAGCUCUGAUUCUGUCUCGAUGUCCGCUCCAAGAUAAAGUGUAAAUUUUAAUGUAGCACAU